AUGGAUGAACAAAUACCUACCUUCUUAGCUGUCACAGGCAUAGAAGAUGAAUCAAUCGCCAAACAAUUCUUAGAAUUGACUAAUGGUGAUUUAGAAUAUGCAGUCACCUUAUUCAUGGAAUCAGGACAAUCUGCCACCACAAAACCAACUACCACCAGCAGUGGUGGUGGGCUUUCUAAUACUGCAGAGGAUGAUGAAGAAUUAGCUCGGAAAUUACAACAAGAAGCAUAUGCCACUAAUACAGAAGAUGAUGUCCGGGAAGCAGAUACAAAUAUUCAUAGACAUGAAAUGUUAAUUGACCCCUCUGCUGGAUUUUUCCAUCCUGGUCAAUUCCAAAAUCGCCCGGUUGAUGUGUUUGGUAGUCGAAGACAGGGCGUUUUCCAUCAACGACAAACCUUUGGUAGUGAUGAGGAUGAUGAAUUCCUCGGACAUGAUGAAGAAGAAGAUGUAGCACAUGGUCAUUAUUAUGACGCGAAUGACGCCAAUGAAGACGAUGAUGAUAUGAAUAUCUCCGAUGAUGACAAUACCGUGCCCAUCCUCCCCCGUAAUCGUCGUUCAAGAAUCCAUCAAACUCGUGAAUCAGAACUCACAUCCACUCAAAGAAGAUUAGCCAAUCUUUUCAGACCUCCCUUUGAUUUAAUGACAAUGACAAAUCUCGACCAAGCUAAACAAUUAGCCAAAACAUCCAAUAAAUGGAUCUUAAUAAAUAUCCAAGAUUCAGGAGAAUUCCAAUGUCAAGUCAUGAAUCGUGAUUUUUGGUCAAAUGAACGUAUUAAAUCAAUCGUCAAAGAUAAUUUCAUUUUUUUACAAUAUCAAUCUGAUUCAAAUAAUGGUGAAACAUAUGUGAAUUUCUAUCAUGCUGAUCAAUUCCCUCAUUUAGCCAUAUUGGAUCCAUUGACAGGUGAACGAAUGAAAAAAUGGCAGGAUGGACAAGUGCCCAUUGUGAAUGAUUGGAUUAAGGAUGUCCAGGAUUUCUUGGAUCAAUUUUCCCUUUCACCAGAUUCAACUAAUCCUUUGGUGAGUCAUGAACCUAGAAUUGAUCCGGAUAGUUUAAGUGAAGAACAACAGAUUGAAUUGGCAUUGAGGAGAUCCAUGCAAGGAAAACAGGGUGCUUCUGCCGAUGACGCAAUUGUGUUAGAUGAAAGUGAUGAAAAUGAAGAUGAUGCGCCUGAAGUUCCAUCAUCUCCAGAACCAGAAGCUAUUGCGGCUGCUCCACAAGAUCCAUUCGAUGCAAUCAAGCCCGUGAAUCAUGAAGAACCAACAUCACAACCAUUUACUAGAGUACAAAUUAGAUUCCCGAAUGGGAAGAGAUUAGUACGAAAAUUACAACCAUCAGAUCAUGUAAUUAUAAUCUAUGAAUGGUUGAAAUGGGUAUUAGAAACUCAAUCGGCAGAAUAUGGUCUUGAAUCAAAUGAUAGAUUUAAUUUAUCUAAUAGUUCAGAUAAAUCAUUUAAAUUUAUAGAUUCUUUGGAUUUGUCUAUUGAGGAAGCAAAUUUGAAAAAUGCAAGUAUUCUUCUAGAAAAGGAUUAA